AUGGUUGUUGCCGGUGGUGGUGUUAGCGAUGCUGGUAGGAGGGAAGGACUUAGGCAGAUGCAAAACACCCAUAUACCGGCGACUACUUGGCCAAACAGAAAACAGUCGCAGGAAACUGCGCGACAGGAGGAGUCCACUUAUGCGGAAACUGGGGGCUACAAAACACGUAUUGGUCACAAACUUUCUCCGUUGAAGCGACACUGUAGGUGCCGGCGGUGGAAGCGCACAGCUUCUUCUGCGACGCGGUCCAACAAGGGUAUGGGUUUGAUUGGCUCAUCUCCGUCAGUUCCCAUCACAUACAAUUCGAAAGAAAGUUCCUUAGCUGGAAUAGGCAAACCUGACGAGGGUACAUUGCACAUAUCACAGCCGCUUAUUCCCUUCACAGGCAAUGAGUGCCGGGAGAUUCUUUCUCAGACGGAGGGCGCCCAACUAGGUCCCACGCAGGGAAAUUAUUCCGUCCUUUUUACUUCCAGGUUUGCCCCACUACAAAGCAUCGGCACUAUGCGCGAGGUGGAGGCGAAUUCGGCAGAGUGUGGCGUGAAAAGUCCGGAGGGAGAAAAGGAAGAGGAAAGCAGCCCAUUUGGUCAAGUAAUUACGAAUGGCUUACUGCGGGAAUGGAUUGGAGGGGAAGAUCCUACUUUGGCAUCCAGUGCUGAGUUUCGUCUGAAUACAAAGGUUUUAACUGGGGUGGAGACGAUGGGCGAUAGAAUGCCACACCUUCAGUCACUUAAAUUGAAUAAUUCCUAUAUACCGCAGAUUAGACUGCUUGGAACAAAGUUUCUGAGACUGAAACGACUUUGGAUUGCUAGUUCUCAGCUGGAAUCCCUGAGCGGCAUUGGAGUAUGUGCCCCUGUUUUAGAAGAGUUGUAUGCUCCGUUUAACUCUGUGCAUGACGUCAUGCCCCUCUUGGAUUUGAGUGAGACGCUAGAAGUGGUGGACCUGGAAGGAAAUGAUAUUCGGGAUGCUUCUUCAUUAAUGCAUUCCCUUCCACUUCUACGAAAUGUAAAAUACCUAACCUUGCAGGGAAAUCCUGUGGCUAUAAGCUCCUUCACAUCGCCGUUGUCGAAGUCGGCUGAAGCAAAUCCAUUCACUACAAGUUCUUUUCGUGACGCUGUGCGAUCCCUUAUGCCUAACCUUCAGUACUUGGACGACGUUGCCGUUAACCUGACUGCGGACUUGGAGGCCAAGGAGGCUCCUUCUGUUUCUAAGGGCGCCGGAAAAACAGAGCGAACUUCGGUGCAUGUUGACCCAUUAAACGUGACUCUCUCUGACGAGUAUAUGUUUCUUCAGCAAUGCAUACGGGAAUGUGGGUUUGACGAGCUGGAGGCGGCUAUCGCAGAGGCCACACGAGGCAUGUACUCGCGACCACAAACUUCUUGUGGGGAAGCGCGACCUCGGUGCUCCGCCUUGGUGAGCUCACAGAAGUCUCAGCGGCCGCACAGCUCCUCCCACACCAUCGGUCGCUCAUUGGCGGCCCCCAAUUAUGGCCUCGGUUCUGCAUGUCGACGGCCUCCAGCUGGAGGUGGUGGUGGUCAAAUCACUCCAGCACCUCCUGCAGCAUCCUUGCGAACGGAUCGUGUAUUAGUGAAUGGUGUCGUUCGUCUUCGCAGUCGACUUCCUCCAUUAUCAACGGCAACAAAAACAAGUUCUCGCGUUACUAGUGGUAACAGUUGUAGUAACCAGAGCGGUACCAGUACAGGUAGUAGCAUCGGCUGUGGUUACAACUCUUCUAGCCUAAAUUUUCCGUCUUCCGCUUCAAUACAAGCAGAAGUACCCACCAAAGGAACAGGAAAAGAGGAAAAUGGACGAUUAUCGGAUGGGAAUUCAGGAGUCUCACCCUUGUUGCUUGCAGGUAUGGAGGAGAAUAUUGAGACCCCACUCUUUGAUGAAGCCGAAGAUGAGUGGGAUAUGUACAAACAAAACUUGCUUCGCCGCAUGGAUUUCAGGGGAUCCGCUAUGCAGCGUUGGUCUAAGUACUUGGGCAGUGAGAGUGCUGUGUAUUGCCAUGUGGACCAUGACAGCACGGACUCGUCAGCCUUUUCACACACUCCUUCUACCCGAAUAACAUCAGUGAGCAGUGGUACCGGGUUACUUCAGUUUUCCCAGAAGGAGCAGGUGACAGUUGUGCCAGAAGCAACAGAACUUUGUGGUACAAUAACCACUAGACAGAUACACGAUAGCAAGACAGACGAGGCAGAAGAGGAUGCUUGGCGCGAGGAACUAGUGCGGUCUGUUGUACGAUCACGGGCAAGCACGGCUCGUGUAGCUUCAGACAAGGAGUGCCUGCGAGUUGGCGGUAAACGCACUUCCAAGGCCGGGGAAUUGUUGGCAGUUAAGGUUGUGGGGGGUAAUGAUAAAUCGCUUUUUAUUGAAUAA